AUGCCAACCAAGAUCAUAGAAAUGAUUGUCAACUGGAUUUAUCUUUCUGGAGAAACAGGCAAUGACUUGUUGUACUGGAGAGCUUCAUAUGAAGAACUUUACAAUGAGGAACUCGUUGAAGGGAACCCAGACACCUGGGAUGAUAACACACAACUACAGUGGGAUCCAAAGACUCAAUCUGAACUCUUACUCAAGUGUUCAAGGAUCAGUGCAAGUGCUCCAAAGACUUUGAGCAACCAGCAACCCUGCCAAUCACCACUUGGUCUUCAACUUGCUUCUCUUCCUUGUCUAACCAAGCUGACGCUUGAAUUGGCAGAUUGUUUUGAUGUUAGUUGGACCUGGCUCUUAUGGAAAAGCUCACUUGAAGAACUACAUCUGUUUCAUUGUGAUCAAGUUUCAAUAACUGUCCUGUACAGCUUCACCAAACUCUUUGCAUGCACUUUAGUCACACUCAGAUUGCAUCAUGUACCAGCACAUUACACUGUAUCUUUCAACAAUGAUUGUACCUUGCAGGAUAUCUUGAGCAGAAAACUUGUUGUCAAAUUACCCAAGCUUAAUAACUUAUCUGUAUCAAACGGUCUACCAGUCGGUUUCUUGAGAGCCUUUCACGUUUCAAAGAAUCUAUCCAAAAUCAGCUUGCGUGAAUACCCCAAAUUACGUCAAACAGAUGUGACGGCAUGGCUCAAAGAUAAAGUCUGGCCCAAUCUUAAAGAGUUCAAUAUCUGUCAUACAAAUGGGUUUGGAUCUAUCCAUACACUAACACAGUUGGCUGCGAAACAUGGAGUCAUGAUGUGUCUCAACGGAAAUACUGGUGAGCUGGAUGACCACGGCAAUGUGGAUUCUCGUGAGGAAGGUCUUAGUGAAAGCAAUGAUGAGGAUACUGGUAAGGGUGAUUUGGAGAUUCUCCAUGAAAUUAAGAACGAGAAUACUGAUGGGGUCAAGAACAAGAAACAUGUCAAUAUCAAGCACGACAAUCACGAUGAUGAUACACCUGAACAUAUUCAAGAUGUAAUGGAAAUGUGGACUCAUGUUUCUGAUUACAAAGAAGAGGUUGAAAUUUCCGAUCCACGCGGGAGGAAUUCACACCUCUCAGACUCCAUCUUGCUCAAGGGAAAUGUAAUCUAA